AUGGCCGCUAUCAAGGCUAUCAGGUCCAAGGAUACGAUUUCGAAAAGAAAAUUGAUGCGGCAAAGACAAUGCCGCCGUAAAGCAAGUCUGAUGAAAAAGGCAUGCGAAUAUAGUAGGAUGUGCAGCGCAGAUGUAUGCGUGGGAAUUCGUGUGCGAGAGACAGGCCAGGUAUAUAUUUUAUUAGCGGAUACUUCGGGAUUCUGGGCUUUCCUUAGCUCACAAUUAAACUCCUACUAUCCAGCCCCAAUGAUAGUGACAGACCAGGAUCUACAACAGGCUGACAACCAUACACCGCAACAACCUAUAUGA